ACUCACGUGGGGCGGGAAGCACGCUCGUAUGUUCGAAAUUCGAAAAGCGCGCCAGAAUAAAUACCGGCUAACUUUGCUUUGUUUAUGAAUUUAAAGAUGUAACUAAAAUAUUUAAUCUUACUACAUGAUUCUGUAAUUUAGAAAAUAGAUGUUUCCCUGUAUUACACACUUACUAAACAAUAUCGAAUACAAACUCUUGCAUUUUCGCGGGUGAUUAAACCAUAGUUCUUUCACAUUUAGAAGAAAGUUUGUUUCUGCGUCAAAUAUGUUAUUAAAGCAGCCAAGACUACAUUUAGUAUUCAUGACCCUACUGGCGUCCGCCAAAGCCGUCGUACCAGGGUCGUCAAGCGCGAACGAGAUCACCCACUUGCAGAAGCCUCGAGCACCGGCCCAGGGCGGCUCUUUAUACCCACAAGAAACGGAGACUAGAGACUUGAGGAGAUUGGACGGCAUAUGGAACUUUCGGAAGUCUCCCGUGGAUCCAGAGUAUGGAUAUCGGCAUAAGUGGUACGCUCAAGAUCUCGAAAAGACGGGUCCAGUGAUCCACAUGCCAGUGCCGUCGUCCUACAACGACAUAGGUACGGACGCAUCCCUCCGCGACCACGUGGGUCUCGUAUGGUACGACCGGCGGUUCCACGUCCCAGUCGGCUGGGCGCGUGCCGAGCAGCGGGUCUGGCUGCGUUUUAGCAGCGUGCACUAUGCAGCACAAGUGUGGAUAAAUGGCAUCUCGCUAGCAUACCACGAGAUCGGACACUUACCUUUCGAAGUGGAGAUCACCGAUUACGUCCGGUACAACGGUAGCAACCUCCUCACGGUGGUGGUGGACAACACGCUACUGAACGACACCGUCCCGCAGGGCGCCAUCACUGAAGUACAGACAAAUCAGACUUUCCGGCUCAAGCAGUCAUACACGUUCGACUUCUUCAACUACGCCGGAAUCCAUCGCUCUGUGUUCCUGUACAGCACACCGCAGGCUUACAUCGAUGACGUCAUCGUCAACACCGACAUACAGGGACUCACUGGUUUCGUGGUUUACAACAUCACAUACAAAGGCUCUGAUGCGAGCAAUAUCAUAUGUCUCGUUCAACUAUUCGACAAGAAUGACACGCAAGUAGUAGCAGCUCAGGAUUGUGCUGGUUUACUCGAGGUCGGCAAUGCCAACUUUUGGUGGCCCUUCCUGAUGAAUCCCAACCCUGGAUAUUUGUACACUAUGAAGGCCACUUUGAUAGGACCUCGAGGUGAAUUAGUGGACACCUACUACCAGAAGAUUGGCAUCAGAACUGUGACGUGGACCAACACCAGUGUUUUCAUCAACGACAAGCCUUUAUAUCUACGAGGUUUUGGAAUGCAUGAAGAUUCUGAUCUUCGUGGGAAAGGCUGGGACCCAGUCUUAUGGGUGAAGAACUUCAACCUCAUCCGAUGGGUGGGAGCCAACGCGUUCCGCACCUCUCACUACCCGUAUGCUGAGGAGAUCUACCAGCUCGCCGACGAGCAGGGCAUUAUGAUCAUAGACGAGUGCCCGAGCGUGGACACCAAUUACUUCAUGGACUCUUUGCUCGCCAAGCACAAGCAGUCGCUGAAGGAACUGAUCCACCGUGACAAGAACCACCCAAGCGUUAUCAUGUGGUCCAUCUCCAACGAGCCGAGGUCUCAGAUGAAAGGCGCCGAUUACUAUUUCGGGGAGGUGGUUAGACACGUUAAAACCAUGGAUCUUUCGAGGCCUGUCACGAUAGCUAUCGCACAGAGUUACAUAUAUGAUAAGUCUGCGCAAUACCUCGACGUGAUAAGCUUCAACCGAUACAACGCGUGGUACCACGACCCGGGACAAUUGUCGACCAUCACGGGCAACGUCGUCGAAGAGGCGACCGCUUGGCACCGCAAGCAUAACAAGCCCAUACUUAUGUCCGAGUAUGGCGCUGACUCCCUCGCUGGAUUACACUUUUUACCGGAAUACAUCUGGUCAGAGGAGUACCAAGUGGGCCUGAUGUCGGAGCACUUUAAGGCGUUUGACCAGCUGCGGCAAGCAGGCUUCUUCGUAGGAGAGUUCAUUUGGAACUUCGCAGACUUCAAAACUGCACAGACAUAUACCCGCGUCGGAGGCAACUGUAAAGGCAUCUUCACACGCGCCCGACAGCCAAAGAUGUCCGCGCAUCACCUGCGUAGACGCUACCACGCGCUCGCCGCCGCCGACGACGGCGCGCCGGCGCUGUCGGAGCCCAACUACAUCAGCGACCUCACGAGGGCGAGGCAUGAUGAGCUCUAAGGCCAUCACGUUAACACAUAGCACAAGUCUUCAGAUACUUAGCCGCGUGUGUCGUACAUUUUAAGCUCCUGAUGCCAUGUGAUAAGUGCAACGAGACAUAAGCAGGCAUCUCAUAGAUUAGAAAAACUGGCCACAUUGGCCACACGAUUUUAUCUCUAGUCCCUAAACCCUGGUAUACAUAGAGAGCAAAAGAACAACAUUUGUAUUGAGAUAUGCGAGAAAUAUGAUGAGAAUGCAAACCAAGAUAACAUUUCAUUCAUUCAUUCAGGACUCUUCAGUGAGGCACAAAGUAACAUGACCAAAAGAUAAUCUGCAAAUCGUGUGCGUAUACGUAGGUAAUGUUUCAUAAUGUUCCUAAAGAUGCGUGGCUUUUACAAGCCCUACUUCCGUAGGCGACUCCAUUGAGUGACUGCUUUUAAAUAAUAAUAGUUGGAACUAUAAACUGUUGAUAAUUUAUUGAUCAAUUUAAAUAGAUAUUAAAUGCACGGACCUUAGACGAAAGAAAUGUACGUAUGUUUCUGGCACUUAAUAACGUCAUAUUUAUCUUACUGCAUACAUUUAAAUGAAAGACGGUUUUCAAAAGUCUAUUAACUUAUGUAGAGUAUGAUAGUAAGGACCCACAUUUUACUGAAGUACACUCACAUUUCUGCCAUUUAAAUCUUACCAAAAUAAUAAUUUUAAGUAUGUAGAUAGUUAAUGCAAUUAUUAGCUUAAGUACUCUAACUAUAAAACCUCACAAAUGUUAGAAACUAUAAGCAGAUUAAGUAUUCUAAUGAAUAUUCAUAUUCUCGUGUGCAUGAUGUGUUUAAAAAUUGCUAUGUACCACAUAGUGCUUUACAUUAUCCGAUCCGAUAUUGGAUAUAGGACCGAUAUCCUAUAUGUACCUACCUAUACUUAAAGCGCCAUCUUGGAUUUUUGCCUUUGACAUCUUUCCUACAUCCGAUAUCGGAUCGGAUGAUCUGAAAACGCUCUCAGUAGUUCACCUGUGGUGCCCACAAUUCGCAAACUUCUGUGUUCUAAUUCUAAACGCUCAUCGUUGGUAUUAUUUUAUUCCUUCGACCACGCA